AUGUCCGUCAAUGACUAUAUGAACCCUCCACGACCCCGCGCGGCCACCAGUCGCGUCGAUACCGACAAGUCCACUCCCGGGGAUGAACCACUACAACCCGAGAAUAUGGACCCCUUACGUUCAAGCUCAUCGGGUCACAAGAAAAAUCCGUCGCGAGACGUGAAACAAUCCGAAAAGCGCACCGAGCGCACGGUGAUCACGACCAGAGAGAAGGCGCAGGUGCGCGCCAGGAAUCCGGUCAAGGAAUCUUCCAGUGCUGCAAACCGAGGAGAUUCAAGGCAAAAGAAGACCGCGCCGGCCGGUGCCACAAGUCCAAAUGCUCGGAAGAAGGAGACCGCUGAUCUGCCAUGGAAUCCGCAGGCCUCGUUGAUUGCUCACUCAACCGCUCCACUAGCAUGUCGUGUAUCAGUGCCUCCGCUGGCAUCCAUGGUCCCGCAGUCGCUUCACCCCCGACCGCUUCGAGAGCUAUCGUCUGACGCACAAGAAGCUGCAAUCCUGGAGGACCUUUUGUUUGUAUUCAUGGGACUUGAGGGCCAAUACAUCCAUUACAAAAGCACUUACGAUCCCUCGAUUGAGAAGGACCGCCUGACCGGCCCGAGUUUCCAGCUGGCGUCGGGCUUGGACCCAACGCUGAGGGAUCUCACCCAGUCCAUGCUCAAGAUGGCGACCCAUUACAGUGCCAUGGAGGCCUUCGUGGAAAUCCAAAGCCGCGCCGAGUAUGGAGCCGUCUGCCAUGCGCUGUGCGCGUCCAUCCGCAAACUACUCAAGGACUACCUCAUCCUCAUUGCUCAGCUGGAAGGCCAACUACUGAACAACCCCACAUUCACGCUGCACCUCCUCCAUCUCCACACGAUGCCCACCAGCCAGUGUCUGGCUCAAUUGUAUUCUUUAGGCCAGGAACUUCUGCGACGAAAUGGCCUUUUGGAUCAAGACCUCGACGAGUCAAUUGAUGACUUUGAUGACGUCGAUAAUAUCCUCGAGCAGCUCAAAGAAGGAGGAGAUUUAGUUCCCGGUGCAAGCAGGAAGAUCUGCAAAGGAGGCAACGUUCUGCGCCUAUUGACUGAACGUCUCGCCAUGUUCUCCGGUGAUCCCACCACGAAGACUCUGUUGCAGACCCUGCUCCGGGACGCCAGUCGGCCCUACAUGAACAUGUUGAAUGAAUGGCUGCACCAUGGAGGCAUCAAAGACCCUCACGCAGAGUUCUUGGUGAAGGAGCAGAAAUGGAUCAAGCGGGAGAAGCUUGAGGAAGACUAUACCGAUGAAUACUGGGAGAAACGCUACACCAUCCGAGACAACGAGGUUCCACCGCAGCUCGACAGUGUCCGAGACAAAGUUCUAUUGGCGGGCAAGUAUCUGAACGUGGUCCGCGAAUGCGGCGGCGUCGAUGUCAGCAAAGCCGUCAAGGAUGUGCCCAAGACGCUUGAUGACCCGCGGUUUUUGGAGAAUGUCAAUGCCGCCUAUACCCAUGCGAAUGCGUCCUUAUUGAAUCUCCUUUUGACGAAGAACUCGCUCACGACUCGAUUCCGCUCUUUGAAACAUUAUUUCUUUCUCGAUCGCUCGGAUUUCUUCUCGUAUUUCCUGGAGCUUGGUGCCUCAGAGCUGCGCAAGCCAGCGCGUGUGGUAAAUGAGGGCAAGCUUCAGUCACUGCUGGACCUUGUCCUCCGCCAACCGGGUAGUAUUGCUGCUCAAGAUCCAUUCAAGGAGGAUGUCAAAGUUUCGAUGAACAAGAUCGGGCUCACGAAGUGGUUGAUGCAGGUCGUCAGCGUCUCGGGGAUUGAUCAGGACAACCCGGAAGCCGCAUUUGAGAAGCAGACGCCUGCGUCUCAAAUCGCCGAGGAGGACAAGGAUAUUGUCGGAUUUGAUGCGCUCGAGCUGGAUUACUCGGUGCCAUUCCCUCUGUCGCUAGUCAUCAGCCGCAAGACCGUGCUGCGGUAUCAGCUCAUCUUCCGGCAUCUGCUGUCAUUGCGCCACCUGGAGACGCUGCUGGUCACGUCCUGGGCCGACCAGAACAAGACGAUCAGCUGGCGGCACAAAUCUUCAGAUCCUCGGUUGGAGAUGUGGAAACGACGUGCGUGGAACCUGCGGGCGAAGAUGCUUGUCUUUGUCCAGCAGCUGCUGUACUUUUGCACGGCAGAGGUGAUCGAGCCCAAUUGGGUUGGACUGAUGGAGCGUGUGAACGGUGCCGAGGGGGCUGAAUCCAAGGGGUCGGCGGUGGAGUCGAAACAGGUCAACCGGACGGUGGACGAGUUGAUGCAGGACCAUGUGGAUUUCUUGGAUACAUGUCUCAAGGAGUGCAUGCUGACCCAGGCCAAGCUGUUGAAGAUUCAUUCUAAGCUGAUGACCUGCUGUACCAUGUUCGCGUCUUGGACCGCAGCAUCGCUCUCCCGCGCCUUGGCCUCGGCCGACCAGGAUCUGUCUGGGGACAAGGCUGGAGGCCCCGAUGCGCGGGGGUAUGAUCCAACGCGCAUUGGCAAGCUCGAGGACACACUCAAGCGGUACGAGGACCAUUUCAACCGCCAUCUGCGGAUCUUGAUGGACAGUUUGAAUUAUUUCGCUGCGACUGAGAGUGUGGUACUUCUGAAGCUCGCACAUUCACUGAGCUCUAUUAGCAAGGAAGAUUGA